UCAGGGUCCCGCGCAGCUCUAGGAUUGGAGAGCUUACUCCAGGGCGCUCUCUGCAUCUGCCUCGAAUAGCACCGCACGGAGCAACCUCUCUCGCACCUCCACAGUGCGUGGGUGUGAAGUGUAUUAGGGGAAAGCUAGAGUGACUCUGGGUGCUGGUGAUCGGCUCACAGUCACGUGGCGUCGCCGCCAGCUGCAGAGAGCUCCCAGCUAGCUUCUGCUGCCCAGAGGCUUGGGGGAAAGGAGGGAGGGCUUGCUCCUGCUGGUGACCAAGAGCAGGCAAGAGGGCUUCACACAAAUAAUAGUGAUAAUAAAGAGUAAAAGCAAAGCAUUUAAAUGGAGUUAUUGCAGGAGACAAAAAUCAGCUGCUGCGGGCGUGGGUGUGUGUACAGGGUGGAGGGGAAUUGGGAAAGUAUUUAUCUCGGAGGGGAGGAGACGGCUGCAAGAAGACUUUUGCCUUAGCAUUGUUUUAGCCUUAGGAAAGGAAGAGGCCCGAAGGAAUCCACCUUGCAACUAUCUGCUGUGUCUUUGUGGUGGAAGCUUAGUUUUCCCUUCAGUUUAAUUUGAUGAUUGUUUUCGUUCAUAUUCAGGGAAGAGCCACUCUGUUGGAAGAAGUCCCCGAGCCUGGCAUCCUUCAGUUUUCCCUAUGCUGAAUGUGAGGUUUAAACUGCUUUUUCUUUGUAAUAUACUGUUUCUGAAGGCCAGAGGCCGCGGCCAGUGGCACCGUGGCCUCUCUCUCCGCCAAGGGUGCCUGGGCUUUGGACCACCCGGGUGCCAGAGGUGGUGGAAGACCCAGUCAGUUGUUCCUUGCAACAGGUCUCUAAGCUUGUAAGUUACAACAUAAGGUGGGUGGGGUCGGAACCCCAAAAAGCUGGCGUCCGGGACACCCCACCCUCAGGUUUUCUUUACCAGACACUGGGGUCCUCGCUGCCGCUGCCGAACUUCUCAAUCAUAUGACUUUAUUGGACUUAAAUGGAAAUUUCUUGACGGAGGGAACCGGGUUUGUUCUCCCAGGCUUCGCGCCGCAGUCAAACAGAGCCCCGGGGCAGCUCGCUCACAGCGGAGGAGCAACUUUGGAGUUUUACGCCCUUUCCACACCUCACCCAUGGACUGGAAAGGAUGUUCAGUUACUCGCGGGCUUGUUGUCUGAUACUGGGAUGGAAAGUCACAGUCCGCAGGCUGGAGUGAGACGCGGGAAGAUGCCUGGUCCUUGCCUCGCGGACUCGGCAGCCGCGUCCUUCGAGUCUGUCCACUGAAUUGCGGAGGGCUCGCCCGUGUGCGAGGACCCGAGUGCCACUGCCUGGAGCGUUACCUUGCGCUCCAGCCUCCAGGCUAGCUAAUACCUGGAGGGCAGGGCAGGGCUGUUCCCGCUCUCACCCCUUGCGGAAGGAUGGCAGGAUCCGGCGCAGCGACGUAGCAGCGGGAGAGCACAGCGACCUGCGUCUCCAGUUUCUCCUCAGGACACAAGGCUGACUUCACCUUCCGGACAGCUGCAAAGCCCCUGCCACAACCAAACCAAACUCGCGCCUCGGAGAGGGGCUUCUGGAGUCGGUCACUGCAAGGCGUGGGGAGUGGAGAGAGGGAAGAAAGGGGAAGCCUGGGGCUGGGUGUGCGCGCGUGGGAGCGCGCCUCGGAGCGCCCCGCACUCCCCCACUCCGUCCCCGGGGGCACUUUGGGAAGGAGGGAGUGGUAGUCGCGGGAAUGAGGGAGAAAGAGAAACCCUCUCAAACUGACGCCCCAAACAGGUCCGGAUUUAGAAUUCGAAGCUAAAGGCUGUUAGAAAUCGGGACUCCUCGGCCUCCUCUGCAGCCCCUCCUUUCCCGCCCCGAAGCCGGGGUGGUUUGCUGGCUGCCUGCUUCCCCGCCCCCGGCUCACAGGUCUCUGGCUGGCGGGCGCCCCGUCGGCCGCCGGCUUCCUCCUUGAAACCCGCCGGCGCACAUGAGGCCGCUGCCCCCGCCGCAGGCGCUGGCGGCCCCCUCGCGGUGCCCGUGGUGAUGCCAUGCCCCGCCACCACGCGGGAGGAGAGGAGGGCGGCGCCGCCGGGCUCUGGGUGAAGAGCGGCGCAGCGGCGGCGGCGGCGGGCGGGGGGCGCUUGGGCAGCGGCAUGAAGGAUGUGGAGUCGGGCCGGGGCAGGGUGCUGCUGAACUCGGCAGCCGCCAGGGGCGACGGCCUGCUGCUGCUGGGCACCCGCGCGGCCACGCUCGGUGGCGGCGGCGGUGGCCUGAGGGAGAGCCGCCGGGGCAAGCAGGGGGCCCGGAUGAGCCUGCUGGGGAAGCCGCUCUCUUACACGAGUAGCCAGAGCUGCCGGCGCAACGUCAAGUACCGGCGGGUGCAGAACUACCUGUACAACGUGCUGGAGAGACCCCGCGGCUGGGCGUUCAUCUACCACGCUUUCGUUUUUCUCCUUGUCUUUGGUUGCUUGAUUUUGUCAGUGUUUUCUACCAUCCCUGAGCACACAAAACUGGCCUCAAGUUGCCUCUUGAUCCUGGAGUUCGUGAUGAUUGUCGUCUUUGGUUUGGAGUUCAUCAUUCGAAUCUGGUCUGCGGGUUGCUGUUGUCGGUAUAGAGGAUGGCAAGGAAGACUGAGGUUUGCUCGAAAGCCCUUCUGUGUUAUAGAUACCAUUGUUCUUAUCGCUUCAAUAGCAGUUGUUUCUGCAAAAACUCAGGGUAAUAUUUUUGCCACGUCUGCACUCAGAAGUCUCCGUUUCCUACAGAUCCUCCGCAUGGUGCGCAUGGACCGAAGGGGAGGCACUUGGAAAUUACUGGGUUCGGUGGUUUAUGCUCACAGCAAGGAAUUAAUCACAGCUUGGUACAUAGGAUUUUUGGUUCUUAUUUUUUCAUCUUUCCUUGUCUAUCUGGUGGAAAAGGAUGCCAAUAAAGAGUUUUCUACAUAUGCAGAUGCUCUCUGGUGGGGCACAAUUACAUUGACAACUAUUGGCUAUGGAGACAAAACUCCCCUAACUUGGCUGGGAAGAUUGCUUUCUGCAGGCUUUGCACUCCUUGGCAUUUCUUUCUUUGCACUUCCUGCCGGCAUUCUUGGCUCAGGUUUUGCAUUAAAAGUACAAGAACAACACCGCCAGAAACACUUUGAGAAAAGAAGGAACCCAGCUGCCAACCUCAUUCAGUGUGUUUGGCGUAGUUACGCAGCUGAUGAGAAAUCUGUUUCCAUUGCAACCUGGAAGCCACACUUGAAGGCCUUGCACACCUGCAGCCCUACCAAGAAAGAACAAGGGGAAGCAUCAAGCAGUCAGAAGCUGAGUUUUAAGGAGCGAGUGCGCAUGGCUAGCCCCAGGGGCCAGAGCAUUAAGAGCCGACAAGCCUCGGUAGGUGACAGGAGGUCCCCAAGCACCGACAUCACAGCUGAGGGCAGCCCCACCAAAGUGCAGAAGAGCUGGAGCUUCAACGACCGAACCCGCUUCCGGCCCUCGCUGCGCCUCAAAAGUUCUCAGCCAAAACCAGUGAUAGAUGCUGACACAGCCCUUGGCACUGAUGAUGUAUAUGAUGAAAAAGGAUGCCAGUGUGAUGUAUCAGUGGAAGACCUCACCCCACCACUUAAAACUGUCAUUCGAGCUAUCAGAAUUAUGAAAUUUCAUGUUGCAAAACGGAAGUUUAAGGAAACAUUACGUCCAUAUGAUGUAAAAGAUGUCAUUGAACAAUAUUCUGCUGGUCAUCUGGACAUGUUGUGUAGAAUCAAAAGCCUUCAAACACGUGUUGAUCAAAUUCUUGGAAAAGGGCAAAUCACAUCAGAUAAGAAGAGCCGAGAGAAAAUAACAGCAGAACAUGAGACCACAGAUGAUCUCAGUAUGCUCGGUCGGGUGGUCAAGGUUGAAAAACAGGUACAGUCCAUAGAGUCCAAGCUGGACUGCCUACUAGACAUCUAUCAACAGGUCCUUCGGAAAGGCUCUGCCUCAGCCCUCGCUUUGGCUUCAUUCCAGAUCCCACCUUUUGAAUGUGAACAGACAUCUGACUAUCAAAGCCCCGUGGAUAGCAAAGAUCUUUCGGGUUCUACACAAAAUAGUGGCUGCUUAUCCAGAUCAACUAGUGCCAACAUCUCAAGAGGCCUGCAGUUCAUUCUGACGCCAAAUGAGUUCAGUGCCCAGACUUUCUACGCGCUUAGCCCUACUAUGCACAGUCAAGCAACACAGGUGCCAAUGAGCCAAAGCGAUGGCUCAGCAGUGGCAGCCACCAAUACCGUUGCAAACCAAAUAAACACGGCACCCAAGCCAGCAGCCCCAACAACUUUACAGAUCCCACCUCCUCUCCCAGCCAUCAAGCAUCUGCCCAGGCCAGAAACUCUGCACCCAAACCCUGCAGGCUUACAGGAAAGCAUUUCUGACGUCACCACCUGCCUUGUUGCCUCCAAGGAAAAUGUUCAGGUUGCACAGUCAAAUCUCGCCAAGGACCGUUCUAUGAGGAAAAGCUUUGACAUGGGAGGAGAAACUCUGUUGUCUGUCUGUCCCAUGGUGCCAAAGGACUUGGGCAAAUCUUUGUCUGUGCAAAACCUGAUCAGGUCAACCGAGGAACUGAAUAUACAACUUUCAGGGAGUGAGUCAAGUGGCUCCAGAGGCAGCCAAGAUUUUUACCCCAAAUGGAGGGAAUCCAAAUUGUUUAUAACUGAUGAAGAGGUGGGUCCUGAAGAGACAGAGACAGACACUUUUGAUGCCGCACCGCAGCCUGCCAGGGAAGCUGCCUUCGCAUCAGACUCUCUAAGGACUGGAAGGUCACGAUCAUCUCAGAGCAUUUGUAAGGCAGGAGAAAGUACAGAUGCCCUCAGCUUGCCUCAUGUCAAACUGAAAUAAGUUCUUCAUUUUCUUUCCAGGCAUAGCAGUUCCUUUAGCCAUACAUAUCAUUGCAUGAACUAUUUCGAAAGCCCUUCUAAAAAGUUGAAAUUGCAAGAAUCAGGAAGAACAUGAAAGGCAGUUUAUAAGCCCGUUAUCUUUUAAUUGCAUGAAAAUGCAUGUUUAGGGAUGGCUAAAAUUCCAAGGUGCAUCAACAUUAACCCACUCAUUUAGUAAUGUACCUUGAGUUAAAAAGCCUGAGAAACCAAACACAGCUAAUGCUAUAGGGUGUAUGAAUAUGUCAAGUUUAGGUCAUUUAGAAGAUUUGACACUGUAUUUUGAAAUUAUGGGAGUAAACACCUUCAAAUUUCAGGCAUUUCUGCUUUGUGACUAAAUACAAACUACAUUUUCAAGAUUAGGCCAUAAUGUAUAUUUAAACACAAUAGCUAUCAACAGCUGCUAAUAAGGUAUCAACUAAAGCAGAAUUGGGGAACAAUAGAAAUGGCUGCUUAUUCAAGAUAUAUUUGCCAACCCGUUCCUAUUCAGUCAUUUUAUUAUUAAUGUAAUUUGAAUGUCAAUUUGUGUGCUUUUGGUGAUUUAGCGCUGUGGCAAGCAAUUUUGCACAUCAUUUUCAUGUUGUUCUUUAUGACAAGAAUGUUCUUCAAUUAGAAAAUGUGCAAAUAAUGAAAUUCAGGGCCAGUGGGGCAAAUAGACUAUCUGACAUAUUUGACUUUAUGAAAACGUAUUCCCUGAUGGCAGAAUCAACUUUAUAAGUGGUCAACUUCUACACAAGCGUAUGAAAUACUGGUCAGUAGAACAGCCAUUGUGAUUGGACUGGUUUCUCUGCAGUGGCGCCAACCCCAGGCUUGCCAGUACUGCCCAUGUAAAGGGCAAGUGUGAGAAGCUAUUCUCAUUUUGCUGACAUACAGGUAGGACCCUGGGGGACAGGACAUUUGAGUGGGACUGAGAUAGGAAAGGCUUGAAAAGAAUCCAGAAACACCACCAGGAAGUUGGCAAAGUAAAAGAAAAUGACUUCCCCCUCAAAGGGCAUGAGAGGGAGAGAAACAAACCAAAAUAGAAGAACUAGACUUUUUAGAAAAUGAGUAUUGCUAGGGAAUUCAACUACCUAAUCUUCCCUUAUUCUUAUAUAUAAGCAGAGAAUUUUUGCAAGGUAUUUAUUUUUUAAUAUGCCCUGAAUGUCUUUUGCUAUUAUGUGUACAUUUUGCAUAUGAAAGUCUAAGACGAAACUUCCUUUACUUUUUAUACUGUAGUGAAAAUUUUCUAUUCUUCCCAAGAAUAUUGUCCCAAAUCUGAAAUUACUGGUUCAAUUUCCUGAUAUAAACAUUUACAAUUAGAAGCUAGAUAGUACUGGCAGGGUCUGCACAUCAGAACUUAAAUAUAUCACAGCAGCAAAAAGACCAAGGGAAACAAAACGACAAAUGUAUUUAUCAGAAAGCAAGCAAUGCUGACUGCUUGUUAGAAACCCGUCUAGCUAUCUUAGGUCGUCAGAACUUCAGCCAACAUAAUGACAUUCAAAAGAAAAGAACAUAAGAGAUAGCAUCAAUUCAAUUAAACCCUAGCCACAGGAGGAUUCAAGAAAGGAAGUUGUUUCCUUGGCAGACAUUAAUGCUGCCCCCAGAAGUACUUCUCCAGCAGCCAAGCAGAUGAUCAGGGUUAUCAAGUGGAUGUUCAAAGGAAGAAGGAGGCCCUGAACUCCACCAAUCCUCCCCAGUCCUCCCCAGCCCUCCCCAACAGGUUUUCUCCAUCAUUGACUCUCCCCUGCUUUUCUUCAUUAACUCCUUAUUCAUUCCCUGCCAGAAUGUUGCUUCUGAACUUCACCAGGCCUUAACCAGCCUCCAUCCCCAAGUCAACCAGCUCUCCGCUUUACCUAAAAUGUGCUUCUCAACCUUUUAGAACCUUGUCCCUUUUGAUAAACAUGGAAAUUUUUAAAGCUUCCUCUUCUCAUCCCACUUGGAUUCUGAGACAGUUGGAAUCAUUUAGAAUCUUUUUGGCUGCUGGAAACACAUAGAAGAUAAAGGCUAAAUUUUACACUGCAGUUAAGACUUUGUCAAUCCUUUUAAGCAAUUGUUUUCAUUUUCAAAAUACAGAAUGUUAGUAAAUUAUGAAAAUCAAUUUUUCAUCUUCAUUCAACCUGAAGUGAUGAUUCCCCCUCUCAAGAUUCCCCCUUCCCAAGAACAUUGCAUACACACACAUACACACACACACCCCUCCACUGACCUAAAGCCACACACCUGCCAUGACUGGGCAGGCUGUCUCCCAGUAUUAACAGAGGAAGAGGAGGGAGGCAGCAACUUUCAGGUAGCACUGAUUCUUGGACACACUCUGUCCUGGGUCGAACCCCACUGGCAGCAGGAAUUCUGAAUGUAUUGGGGACCCCUCCUUAGGCUUCGUUAAGCCUCAAACACAGUACAGCUCACCCAGCAUUGCUGAAGACCGAAGAUUCAGAAAGAAAACCUACACACAACACUGAGGUCUUAAUCAUAGCAAAAUGUGAUAAACCAUGUUGUGAAAAACUUUUAUACAUUGAAGCCAUGACCAUUUUGUGUCUAUCUUACUCUAGCACAAAAAUUGGGGGAUGUUAAAAGAUAGUUGUGUGGAAACUGUAAGGUUCUGUCUGUCGCGUUACUCUCUGUGGAAAUGAGAGGGGUCUCCCAUUUACACUAAGCAAAGUUCCAUUGGUCAGUUUUAAUGAUGUCUUGAAGCACAAUUUAGCUGAGCACUGAGUAGCCAUAUGCUUUCUCAGUACAAGUGUGUCUGCCUUCAAUAUGUAGGGUUGAUCAAGCUAUUACUUAAUUGCAAAUAUCCCUUGUAUGAGAUUAACUUAAAAAAUUUUGCUAUGUCUGAUCUAAAUGUUUGCAUUUUGUUUAACUAAAUUAAUAUUUGUAGAUUGCAAGUUUUGUUUAAAAUAACUUUAUUGAGUUUUUAAGUCCUGAUCUGUUCUAAGGUGCCUUUCUCACCUCCCAUUGAUUCAGUGAUUCUGAAGUUCUUAAUUUGCAAGUAAAAUAAGUCUACUAGAGAGGAGGAAAUCAGGCACAAAGUGACCAAUUCUCAUGCCCAUUUGCAAAGCAAAACUAUAAGGAUGAUGAAACCUGGGUAACUAAAUUAAUGGAUCAUUUCACUAAAUCAGAUUGAGGAAAUAUCAUAAAUAUUAACUUGUCUCCCUAGAAGCUGAUAUUUUUCGCCUUAAAUGACAUGGUUGUGUUUUUGUAAAAGAAACUUAAUCUAAUAUAAUUAUGUGCAUUUAAGUGAGCAGUUCUAAGUCAUGUAUGACAAUGCAAUUGUCUGUUUCCUGAAAACAAAUAAAUCAGGAACACCAUAUCCAUUUCAAGCUACCAUUAAAGUGUAAUUUCCUUUGCUCUCUUCUACUGGGAUUAUUUGUUUUAAAGUAAAACAUUAAAAAGAUGUCUAUAAA